UUGUCCCGUGGCGCGGAGCCGGGGCUUCGUUUGCGUCGCCUUAAAGGGGCCGCGCUCGCUGCAACCCCGGCAGCGGCGCCGGCCCCGCGCCGCUCUGCGGGAUGAACCGAGCGGUCCCGGGAGGUUCCGACCCGUUCCAACCUUCAGGCUUUGAAUGAUGUUAGGAAACACGGCCGCUCUCAUUUCAUUUUGGAAGGACUCCUUUUCUUUUGCAGAAGGUGGAAGGACACUCUCCCAGGAAGCAGCUGCCCGUGAGGAGCCCAACACAGAAAACCCUAAACAGGACCUUCAGUAAAGUGGUGCUUGGAGAGUGAUGGUCUUAAAAUGAAAAGGUGCUGUGAGGGUGUUGGGCUGCCAUGCCUGUUUAAGGGUGUUGGUAUGGCCAGCUCCCGGCCUCCCAAGUACCUCCUGGUCUUUGAUUUUGAUGAGACCAUCAUCAAUGAGAACAGUGAUGACUCCAUCGUGCGGGCAGCACCAGGGCAGGCAUUGCCUGAGCACAUCCGACAGAGCUUCCGUGAAGGCUUCUACAAUGAGUACAUGCAACGUGUCCUGGCCUACAUGGGGGACCAGGGCGUCAAGAUGGGGGACUUCAAGGCCGUCUAUGAGAACAUUCCCCUGUCUCCAGGCAUGUCUGACCUCUUCCAGUUCCUCUCCAAGAACCACGAGCUCUUUGAGAUCAUCCUCAUCUCCGACGCCAACAUGUUUGGUAUUGAAAGCAAACUGAGGGCGGCCGGUUUUUACUCCCUCUUCCGUAAAAUCUUCAGCAACCCAUCCAGCUUUGACAAGAGGGGUUACUUCACCUUGGGGCCCUACCACAGCCACAAGUGCCUUGACUGCCCAGCCAAUAUGUGCAAGCGCAAAAUCCUAACGGAGUACCUGGCCGAGAGGGCGCAGGAAGAGGUGGAGUUCGAGAGGGUAUUUUAUGUUGGGGAUGGUGCCAAUGACUUCUGCCCUUCAGUGACUUUGACUUCAGCUGACGUUGCUUUCCCCCGGAAGGGUUACCCCAUGCACCAGAUGACCCAGGAGAUGGAGAAGAAGCAGCCUGGAACCUUCCAAGCCACCGUUGUUCCCUGGGAGUCAGCUACUGAGGUCGCCCGCUAUCUGCAGGAGCUCCUCAAGAAGAAGUGCUGAGGAUGGAUGGCUCCAAAGAGGCUUGUUUAUGAUAAGCAGCUGGGAAGGGAGAAGGCUGGGAGGUCACGUCCUGCACCCCAUGUUUAUUUGGCACUGCUCACUUGGACUUUGAUUCCUGGACUGCUUUCCUGCCUUCUAAGCUCUCUCCCCAGUGAUUGAAGCACUUUCUCUCCCCCCACAUCCCUUUCUCUUCCCUCUGCCACACUGAGAUGAAGUCCUCUCUAUGCAGCUUAGAUGGCUUCUCUGCUGUUGGUGGUUGGCAACACUAAUGGUAUGGGUUGUUUUUUUCCUUUAUGACUUCUCAAGAGCAGUUCUUUAAUAUCCAGAAGCCAGUUCUCCUGCAGGCUGAGCCCUGCACGUGCUUCCUCUUGACCCAAUUCACCUGCCCAUCUCCACUCUCCAUGCAGGAGCUGCAUGCUGUUGCCUUCAACCCAAUGCUCCAAGGGCUCCUUGCCUCUCCAGGAAGCCACAAGAAAUUCAAUCUGGGCAGUUUAUGUUGCCCAGGUUCCCCAGCUCACCAUGCACCCCAUUCCUUGCUCAGCAGAUGAGCCUCACAAAGGAGUUUAUCAUCCCUUCAGACUUUAUUUUCUGAACAAAAACAACAACAAAAAAGUCAUGAGAAAUCAAGGAAACCUUUUGGAAGGUUGGUACACCUUGAAGUAAUACAAAGCAACAUCCUUUAGCUCCCAUUGCCCUCACCCCAUUUUAUUUUGGGGGGGAGGCUGAAUGGCCACAUCCUGCUUGAGGAAGAAGACCUGAUUUCACCUUCCUUUUCCUCCCCCAUUGCUUCCCCUCUUGGGGCAGCAGCCCCCCAAUUCAUCCCCAGUGCAGACUGUUCAUAUCUUUGCUGGGUUGCAUUGACUGCCCUGUGACUGCCUGCCCUGGUUCAGAGGUGCUGAAAUUCCACCCCCCCCCCCAGCUGCAGAUAGAGGUACUAUAGCACUUCUGGUAUCAGCUCCCCAGAGGCCAAACCCUCUCACCCCACCACAGUGUUAACUGCCCAUUCUAAUUGCACUCUAUAGAGGGGGGCUUGCAGUAUUUUGCUCUCUGGUGUUGGCUCUUCCUGGAUUUAUCCACAGCCUUAAAUGACCCCUGAGAGUGGCUUGUAACUACUCCAAAGCAUAGGAACCCUGGUAACAAAUCAGAGCAGUAAGGAAAUAACCAAAGUAGCCCUGAGAUGAUCCUCCUUUAUUUCAUUUUUUUCCUUCGUUCUUCCUCUUCUGGACACUGUUUAACUGUGUGGAACUUAAAGCCAUGGAAUUAAAUAUAUAUAUAUACAUA